AUGUGUAAUAGAACUAGGUCCGCCGUGUUUAUCGAUGGUAUGAAAUGUGUCUCUGGAAGACAACCAAAUGAUGACGAUAUUUUUCAGUUGAUACUGUAUACGAAUGCCCAAGGUAGCCUGAUGGAGGCCGUAAAGGAAUUACAUGGAUUGGCAGACCAAGUUAGUUUUUAUAAGACUUCCGAAUCGGUAACUUCAACUAUAGUAGCUGCAGAAUUACCAUCUUUGAUGGUAAAUGUGAUGGAAAGCAGAGAACGAGCCAAGAGAUUAUACAGAUCUGCCUUGCAUUCGAGAAUUUGUGAAAAUUGUUGGGAUUUUGAAGAACUAUUCGAAAAGUUGGAUGAAGAACUACUCCGAACAAACGAAAUCCUGAAGUUAUACGCUCGAAGAGGCAGUUAUCAUUAG